UAACAUAACACAAUCAUGCCUGGUGCCGAGGGAGAGACACCACUGCAUGUUAAAGUUAUAGAGAGAAAAGUAAUUCUUUUGGAGAACCAAAUUCAGGACCUCAAAUAUCGCCUGAUAAGUAACGAAAGAAAAGCAGCAGAGGAGAAGAGACGUAAAUUAGAUUCCAAGUUUAAACAGAAGUUCAAGCAGCAACGACUUCCAGCUUGGCAGCCCAUCUUGACAGCUGACACAGUUCUCCCGGCCUUUUUUCUGAUUGGUUUGCUCUUUGUUCCUCUUGGUGCUGCCCUACUCUUUUUCUCGCGAAGUGUGCAAGAAUUACAGCUAGAUUACACUGAAUGCCUCAGUAUAAACCACACACUAGCUAAUGGAGAUGCAAGAUUAUGUCGAGAUGUCAUUAAGGAUAAUCCUGCAGAACUGUGUAUCUGCCGAGAAAAUUUUACCGUACAUGAAUCCUUUGAAAAGAAUGUAUACCUUUAUUAUGGAUUAGACAACUUCUAUCAAAAUCAUCGUCGAUAUGUCAAGUCUCGGGAUGACAAGCAGCUGCUGGGCAGAGAUGAUACAACUGUCUCUAAUGACUGUAAUCCAUUUGCUACAGAUUCUGAGGGGAGGGUGUAUGCACCAUGUGGGGCAAUUGCCAACAGCAUGUUUAAUGAUACAUUGAGGCUCUUUGAAGUACAAGAGAGUGGUAGCACAGAGCUGAAUUUAUUAAAGACAGGAAUUGCUUGGCCUUCAGAUCGUAAAAUCAAAUUCAACAAUCCUCCUGGGCCUUUAAAUGCAAGUGGAGCUUUCAAAAAUAAUGUGAAACCUCUAUACUGGACAAAGAAUGUGUAUGACUUGGACCCAGACGAUCCCAACAAUAAUGGGUAUAAGAAUGAAGAUCUGAUUGUCUGGAUGAGAAGUGCUGCUUUCCCAACAUUCCGUAAACUGUACAGAAGGAUUGAUCACAACAUGACAGGAUUUAAAUUUGGCCUUCAUAUAGGCACAUAUUAUCUUGAAGUAGAGUACAGGUAUCCAGUAGACUCAUUUGGUGGCAAGAAGCGAAUGAUCUUAUCAACCACAAGCUUCCUUGGUGGCAAGAACAACUUUUUGGGAAUUGCAUAUAUCACUGUUGGCUGCAUUUGUUUAUUACUGGGGAUCAUAUUCCUCAUUAUCCACAUCAAGUUUGGCAAAAGAGCUGUUGAUCAAUUGAAUAUCAAUCAGAACACACCAUAUAGUGACUGAUGUGUCCACAGAAAUUUCAGCUGGUAUUACAAAAGUUAUAAAAUACUUUUGGCUGCAUAGUCUCCAUCAUAUAUAAUGUUGGUUUUGGUGUUGUAUCAUUUCAGUUAGUGUAUAAUAAAUGAUAUAUAACCCAUCAUAAUGGAAGUGGUUAUUCACACAAUAAAACUGAUCUCUUUGUUAUUUGUCAAAUUAAGUGUUUGUUCUUAAAAUGGUAAAAAAUAAAUCUUGUACAGCAGCAUUCAUUUAUAAUACAAUAAAAUCUUUAAGAAAAAUAUGGAGACAUUAUAGGAGUAGUGCUCCAUGUGGUAAUCAUAUUUUUUACUAGUAUGGUGGUCCCCCCAUAUCCUCGGGAUAUUCAGUAGAACCCCAGUAUCUGCUGAUUCGGUAUCUGCAGUUUCAGUUAUCCACGGUUUACUGUGGCCCAAAAAUACCUCUUAAUUUUGCAUAAUGGCCCCAAAGUGGAAAAGUACAGAAGCUGGCAGUUCUUCAAAGCCUCAGAGAAACUGUGAAGUGCUUCCCCUCAGUGAAAAGUGAUAAUUCUCCACUUACUGUGCAUAAUUUAUCAAUUAACUCUAUAAUAUGUAUGUAUAGGACUUAUAUGUAGGGUUUGCUAUUAUCCACGGUUUCAGUAACCAUGGCAGGUCCUUGGAACAUAUCCCCCCAUGGAUACAGGGGCCUUAUUGCACGUUCCAAGACCUACUGUGGAUACCCGAAAUCGCAGAUAGUAGUGAACCCUCAGUUGUUUUUUCAUUUACAUACCUAUGAUAAAGUUUAAUUGAUAAAUUACACACAAUUAGUGGAGAAUUAUAACUUUUUUACUGAUGAGAAGCACUUCAUGGCUUCUCUUAAGUUUGAAGAACUGCCACCAUCACUACUUUUGUGCUUUGGGGGUCAUUAUUAAGCAAAAUUAAGGGUUAUUUUUGGGCCACAGUAAACUGGAUAACUGAAACCAUGGAAACUGAAUCUUCUGAUAUGGGGGUCCUACUAUAUUGCAUUGUGAAUGAAUUAGAAAUGUAGUCACUCAUCAUCUGCACUGUAAUAGAUAAAUUUGUGCAUUUCCUCACAGUGUUGACCUCUGUGAUAAUACAGUCAUCUUGAGUUUUUUAUUUAUUAUUAUUAUUGCUGUUGCUGAUGCUACUUCAAAGCCAAAGAGUUACUGAUGGGUUUAACUCUCGGUAACCAAAAAAAAAUUACUUUUAUUUUUACAUUCACAUCAGAAUUAUGCCUUUAAUAUAUUGUAGUCAGAAUGUCCUGUUACGCUUGUGUGUCAGUCGGCCUGCUUUUUGAGUAGCCAGGUUGACAGUUAAUAGGCAUAUUAUUGAGCUUUUCAUUGGGAUAGUAGUGGGAUUUAAGUUGAAGUAUCUUUUGUUUGGCACAGUACCACAAAACUAGUUUGACUAGUACUUAAAACUGCAUAGCAAAUUAUAACGUGCUCAGAAUUGUCUUAUUUUUCUUUCAUAGCAUGUGGUUUUUAAAUUGCAUGUCAGUAUUGCAGCAAAGACUUAAAAGGUCAUAAUUUAAAGUGGGUGAGGUGUGUUCUUUUAAAAUUCAGGUCAUUAAAAAGAUGUUUUUAUUAAAGCUGUUACAAUACAGGAGUUUUACAAUGAAAUACUACUACAAUGUAGUAAAAUUUAGGAAUAUUUAUCUUCAUACACAUGAUGUCAUCUUUAAUGCUAAUAUUUUCUUUUAAUGCCAGGUUUUGAACAGCUGUGUGAAAGUUGAUCAGUUGGUUAUGUUUGUGUAUCUGUUUAAAUAUUUUAAAUAUAAAUAUACAGAUUUGCAUUAUAUUUAGUAGUCAAUAGUACGUAAUGAUGAAAAGUUUUAAUAGUUUGGAAAAUAUGUAGUACAGCAAAACCUCUAAUUAAUGGACCUGCAUUUAACAGAUUUUGUUAAUUAUAGACAAAAAAAAUUGGCCAGACUAACAUUAGAAUCAUUUGACAAAAUGGAAUAAAGUCCGUAAUUCUGGACUUUGACUAUAGCAAGUGCCCAGUUGUCUCCUGAAUCAUUGAACCAAGUUCAAUGACUCCAACAUUUGUUUGGUACUGGCCAGAGCAGUCACUUCCAGGACCUGUCUGUAUUCAUUGUUUCCUGAGCUAUAGGCCAUCCUUUCCAGUUUGUUUGUGCAUACACUCAUCACUCAGUUUAUAAUUUUUCUUGAAUUUACAGUGUUUUGUGUGACUUGAUUAACAUACGUAUUAAGUAAAAUACUGUUAACAUUGGCUUCUAAAGCAAGUGGUGGUGCCAAGAAACGUGUGGUUCUCAGUUUUAAGCAUAAACUUCAACUAAUAAAGAAGGCUGAGUCUGGCAUCUCAGUGGCACAGAUAUGUGAGCAAUAGGGUGUUAAGAAACAUUGCUUGAUAUUUGUAAAGGCAAAGGCAAACAGAUUAUGCUCUUAAGUUUAAUGUAGAUGCUAGCCAUAGAAGUUCAGCAGUUGGUACUGAAAACUAUAUGAAAAUAGCCCAUGAUAAAAAACUUGAAGAAACAGUGCAUCACUGGUAUGUUCAGCAACAUUCUGUUGGUGUUAAUGUUCAUAAUGUUGGCCUUUAGUCUGCAGCUAAUAGGCUGGCAAAGCAUAUGAAGAUAGAACAUAACAUUGAACAUACCCAUCUACAUUUUCACUAGUAGAGCUUUACAGCUCCUCUGACUGAAUGAAAGUUAUUGAGUCACCAGUAUCGAUCACAGCAGUUUACACCUCAUCUCUACACCGCAAAAAGGUAAAUAAAAUUCCUGUAAAUUACUUACUAUAAAAUUGCUGUACAGUACUACAGGUUAUAUUACCCAUAUUUUUAGUGUCUGGUAGUCUUUUGAAUCAGUGGACCAAGUUCACUGAUUCAGAACUUUGUCCGUUUAUAUUACAGUCAUGGAAAAUUAAUUUUGUAUUUUAGAAGUUAUACAAACGGAAAUAUUGUACCUUCCCUUCCUGUUAGUCCAUUAAUUAGAGGGUUCACUGUACAUUAAAAACUGAUAAUGCUUUCUUGUGAAAACCAGGAUUUGCAGUGUGAUACCGUCUCAAGUGGGCAAUCGAACAGAUUUCAUUAAUUUUGAUCAUGCAGCAAAAAAAAAUUACAUUCAUAGAUGGAUGUACAUGUUUGUGUGUGCAGAUGUGUGUAUAUUAAUCUACUCACAAUCUACUCUAGUGCAAAAUUUUGUUGAGAGUCUGUACUCUAUGAAUGUAUUUCUAAUAACUUUUAAAGUGUUAGCUAAUAAAUUUAUUCUAUUAAGUAAUAUGUCUAAAUACAGUGCUGAAAUACUGUAUAUUAUCACUAGGUUCUUGUCUGAAUAUUGAUUGACUGGAUAUGUUAGUAUUUGAAAUCAUUAAAUAAUAAUCACAUUUUAUCAUUGUUUAUAAAUUUAAUAAUUAAUAUUUGGAAAAUGUGUUAAGGAUGAUAUAUUUCCAUUUUAUCUCAGUAUGUAGUUGAUAUAUUUGUUAUUAAUUCAUUUUUUCUUCUAUUGUAAUUAAUGUAUGAUAUAUAUGUCUGCACUACUCUUGAAAGAUAGUGAUUGUGUGAAUGAUGGUGAAAGCGUUUUUUUUUUUUUUUUUGGGGGGGGGGGGUCACCCUGCCUCUUUGGCAGAUGGCCAGCGUGUUUAAAAAAAUAAAUAUAGAUGUCAUUACUGUACACAGGUUUUCUGUUGCAUCCUUUUCAUUUGUGCACUUAAGAAAAUUUUAUUUGUAAGUAGAAAAACAUUGAUUUAAUUGGAAGCAAUGGUAGCCUGUACUGAAUGCUGCAGAUUUCAUCAUCUAUAAAAACUGCUUUGUUUUACAGGCAUAUUUUUUCAUGAGUACACAUUACUGUGUAGGAAAUGGGUACAGAAAUCUUCAUAGCCCUACUGUUCUUUGCUUGUCCUCUUAAUCCACUUGUUUGGAAUACCAAAGCUUUGCGAUUACAUGUCUACAUGUGGGUACCUACAUUUGUUAAUCUUUUAUGCACUUUUCCAGAGAUAAAUGAGGAUCUUUCAAAAUUCAAGAGGAAACAUUGCACAGUAGUUUCCAUACAAUACAGAAAACUGUCUUGUUUGCUUGGGUUAUAUUCCUAGAAUACACAACAAAUACCAAAACUGCAAGUGUCUCUACACUACACUCAUUUGAUGUUAUGAAUUGAUAAUUGUUUGCAGGUCAGAUUACUUGUGAUUUUGUUGGUGUUAGACAGGAAGUAAUAAAGUAUGGAUCAUCAUAUUGGGAUUACUAGUCAGAAGUGGUGCAUAUGGUGAUGCCCAAGGUAAUGGCUGUGGCGGUGCCUUUUUUAAAAGAUGGCUGAAUAUCAAUGGAUUUGAUAGCGUGUUAGAUAGCAAAUGGAGACAAAUGGUUUUUAAGACUUGACAUGCUGUUGGAGUAUGAGCAAGGUAACAUUUAUGAAGGGAUUCAGGGAAACUGGCAGGCCAAAUUUGAGUCCUGGAGAUGGGAAAUACAGUGCCUGCACUCUGAAGGAGGGGUGUUAAUGUUGUAGUUUUGUAACUAGUGUAAGCACACCUCUGACAAGACAGUGAUGGAGUGAAUGAUGAAAGUUUUUCUUUUUUGGGCCACCCUGCCUUGGUGGAAAGUGGCUGAUGUGUCGUUAAUAAAUAAAAAUUUAUAGUAGUAUAUGUUAAAAAUUAAAGGUAGUAGGUUGGUAGACAGCAACCGCCCAGGGAGGUACUACCGUCCUGCCAAGUGAGUGUAAAACGUAAGCCUGUAAUUGUUUUACACGAUGGUAGGAUUGCUGGUGUUUUUUUCUGUCUCAUAAACAUGCAAGGUUUCAGGUACGUCUUGCUACUUCUGCUUACACUUAGGUCACACUACACAUACAUGUACAAGCAUAUGUAUACACACCCCUCUGGGUUUUCUUCUAUUUUCUUACUAGCUCUUGUUCUUGUUUAUUUCCUCUUAUCUCCAUGGGGAAGUGGAACAGAAUUCUUCCUCCGUAAGCUAUGCGUGUUGUAAGAGGCGACUAAAAUGCCAGGAGCAAGGGGCUAGUAACCCCUUCUCCUGUAUAUAUUACUAAAUAUGAAAGGAGAAACUUUUGUUUUUCCUUUUGGGCCACCCCACCUCGGUGGGAUACGGCUGGUGUGUUGAAAGAAAGAAAGAUAUGUUAAAUAGAUAUGCAGCCUCCACUUUAGUCUUAGACAAACUUUAGGCUCUUCUUCAUCAUUAGAUCUAUUGAGUUAUAUCUACCCAAAAAAAAAAGCUGUAACUCCAUCUUUGUCACUCUAGCUUCUCAUUGUGCCUUUAUUCAUUAGGCUGUCCUUGUGUAACAAUAUCAGUUCAUCAGUCUCUGCCUCCCUCACAUCAUCAAAAUCUUAUCCUCCAACCUGUUGUACUAUCAUCAAAAUAAUUCUCAUUUCCUUGUUAAUGUUGGAAAAAUUGCUAAAAGCAUUGACUGCCUCUGGUCAAAAGUUCUUCCUACUUGUGUCAACAUGUUUACCUCAUGUUGAGGCUUUAGUGUGCAGUAGUGUAGGCCUUCCAACAUGUACUCACAUCAAUCAUUGGAUCAUUAUCAGUUAUGCAGCAUCCAAUAAACAUAGCAAAAAGCAUUAGUGGUGGUGCAUUUAAAGGUAGAAAUAGUGUCUUGGUUUAACAGUUGCAGUACAAAGAUCUUUAACCCUUUGACUGUCACAAGCUCGAUUCUGAAACUUCUUUCUAUGUCAAAAAAUAUUCGAAAAAAAAAAAAUUGUACCAAAAUGUCUGGAUUAAUUUGCUGAGUGUUUUAAGCCUAAAAAAAUUUUUGCGAUCAGUACUUACCAAGACAUAGAGGUGUAAAGUUGGCAGAAAAUGAGCCAUGUAUGGCAACAGCAGCAAAUGCCACUCACCCAGUAAACUUUUUUUUUACUCCCAUUCGAUAGUUUCUUGUUUUUUCUGCUACUUUGUUUUUUCAGGUAACUUAUGUGGCCUGUGAGACCAAAGUAAGAUGCAAUGUACAUAUAUACACUCUUUGUAUGCAACACAAUAAGCACACAAACAUUCUCAUCAGUAUAUUGUUUACAAAACUUGUUUACACAAACAAUACAAAAUUUUUUUAUUACUAUUGUUCUAUAAUAUAUAUACAAAUGUACAGUCACUGGACACUUUCCUAGAACUGCUGCAGCUUGUAGAAUUCUUUGAAACAUGGGUAUAUGCACAGUGGUAUUUUACACUCCUCACACACAAAACGAAUGUCUCUUCGUUUUUGUGGUGUGUGCACAGACAUAACAACUCUUCUGAGUAGUUUUCUUGAAAGUAGUAGGAGGCAGCUGUAUGGGGUAGUGAUCACCAGGCCUCAGACGAGAGGGCAUGUGUUGAUAAUUUCAUGGUCACUUGUCUAUUGCAGGUGUUGUUCCUUGUUACUUAAAUAUUAUUUGUCUGAUGACUGACAAACAAAAUUCACCAUACAUUUUGGGUUUGUUGUUAGUCUUCAACUUGUACAUAUUACAGGUCUCCCUCAACAUUUGUGAGGGUUAGGGGAUCAAGAACCUCAUGAAUGUUGAAAAAUCAUGUAAGUUUGGUGCCCCAAUAUACUGUAGGGAAAUAUAAUACAAUACUGCUUCCUUAACCUAUUGAACCAUGAACAAUCAUAAAACACAUGAAAACAUCAUAGAACAUUGUACUAGUGCCAGCCCUUUGGUAAAAAAAGGUGAAAAAGACUAUAGAAUUCAAGAAAGAACUCGAAGCAGAGUACCAAAGUGGAGGAGGAAGAGAGAGGGGAGAAUGUGCCUUCUUCAGUGAUUCUGCGAUAUGUGCGAUACUAAAGCAGCAUGAAUCGAUGAAGGCUAUAGCGCCAGCCAGCGAUAAAAUGUAGCAUUAGCAGUGUAGCAAGUAAGUUAAGCUAUUAAUCAAUGGAAAAAAGAUAGCACGAACCUUACUCCUCCACUGUUGUUGGAGUUAUAUAGGGCGACUGACAACACCGCUGUGUCUACCGCCUCUGCUGGCCUUCACCACCAUUAUGUGCAGCUUAACGCUCUCAGUGGCCCUUAUACACCCAACAACAACACAGCAACACUCGUUGUCAUGUUUCUAUGUUAUUAAUAUUGUUUAUUAUGUCAUAUUAGAUGAAUUGUGAGAGAUAAGCCGUAGAGUUGGUAUUAGUGUCAUAUUGAAGGACUAUCUUGUCCUAUCUCCAAACAAACUCUGCCACCGCCACAAUUUCUAACCUAUGUAAUGACAUAUUUUAACCCUUAAACUGUCCAAACGUAGAUCUAUGCUUUUUCAACAUUUGAAAGUAUGUAAAAAAAGGUAGAUUUUUUUUUAUUUUUUUUUUUUUUUACUUUUUUUUUUUUUUACUUUUUUUACUUUGUUUGUUUGUUUGUUUGUUUGUUUGUUUUUGAAAGCUUGUAAAAAAACUUUGAUCUGCUUUUUUUAUAUAUAUAUAUAUAUUUGAAAAUAUGUAAAAAAAUGUAGAUCUACUUUUGGAGCACUAUACAUUUGAACGUAGAUCUGUGUUUGGACAGUUUAACCCUUACAGGGUUUUUGACGUACUAGUACAGCUUAUGCACCAGGGUUAUUGACGUACUAGAACGCCUAAAUUCUAGUGCCUUCAAAUCCAGCGAGAGAAAGCUGGUAGGCCUACAUAUGAAAGAAUGGGUCUAUGUGGUCAGUGUGCACAGUAUAAAAAAAAAUCCUGCAGCAAACACUGCUGCAGGAUUUUGGAUUAAAACAGCGACUUUGCACUGUAAUUUUGUAUGGUAUUUAUGGUUGUAUUCUAGUUUUCCUGGUCUCAUUUUAUAGAAUGGAAGACAUAUUACAGAAAUUGAGAUGAUUUUGACUGGUUUCACAAUGAAAAGUACCUUGAAAUUGAGCUCAAAGUAGCAGAAAUGUUUGAUUUUUACCAAAGUUCAAAAGUAAACAAAUCAUGCCAAGCGUCCAAUACACAUCAGCUGGCGAGUCUAAUAUUCUUUCACAAGUGCGUUGAUAUUAUUUAUACCAUUUCUACACUAAUGCAGUAGUCUGCAUAACAGUAAAUCUUCUAUUUUUUGUGCAAAUAAAAAUUCAAAGUGAAAAGCAAAAUAAAUAUAAGAGGGGCCUGGGGACGUGACUAAUGAACAGAAAACUUGUUAUUUUAGUGCCAGGAAUGUCUGUCUUGUUUAUUCUGGACCAAAUUUGGAAAUUGGCAUCUUCUGAAAUUUGUGUGAAAUUGGCAAAAUUGCCAAUUUCUAACCACUUUAAUGGAUAGUUGAAAUUGGAAAAUGGGUGGUUUCUUGUACUCAUUCGAUAGAAAAAAUGGAGUUCUAGCGAAAUAAAUAUGAUUUUUGUCAACUUGUACAGAGGAAUUGGCCAAAAAUAGGGCUCAAAGUGGGCAAAAUCGCCGAUGCAUAAACACCGGCGAGACCGCUAACUUCACGAGAGCAUAAUUCCAUAAGUUUUCCAUUAAAUUUCAUACUUUUGGUGCCAUUAUGAUCGGGAAAAGAUUCUCUAUCAUUUCAUAAGAUUUUUUUUUUUUUUUUCAACAAAAUUUUCAACCCUGAGAACAAGUUUAGGAGAGGGCCUCUCCACCCUGAAAGGGUUAAGGGUUAAAUAUGAUUGGGCGGCUGGGAAUUCGCUAAUGUUCGAAACCCGCAAAAGUGGGGGACCUGUAUAAGCAUUCAUCAUGGAAAUAUCAAGAUGUUGGGAGGGUUCGUGGAGAUGUGAUGGUUGGAGUUAAACACACUUGUUGGAUGGUAACACUUACAUUAGUAGAGUGUGGGAGGGGAGCCCAGACUGCCUGUGUUGCCUGUUCGUAGACCGAAGUGCGGAGUAAGGAGGAAGCCAGGAGCGCAGCGCUCACAUGCGGCAUCACAUGACAUCACACAUGCUAGUCACUGAGCCUAGCCAGGGGUCAACUGCUACAGUUGUAACCUUCCACUAGUGUAGCCAUGACCUUGGUGAAAGAAUUGUGUUUGCCAUAGUGUACUUGUAGUAUGUGUUGCUUUCACUGACAAUAAUUUCCAGCAGGGGUUCAUCGAAGAAUAACUGAAAGCAUUCCAGUUCAGUGGCAUUGUUCCCAAGUAUACACGAUGGCUGUACAUGUAUUCCACUUUGUGUUUCAUCAAAUUCAUGGGGAUUGGGAACAAAAUUGGCACCUUCCUGCCAAUCCCAGAUGCGGUCUGCUGGUGGGUACCGGAUAUUGACAAGUGGUUGUGGUUGCGCAGGUUGUGGGAGUAUGGGGGUGGUUGAGGCUAGUUGUGACUGUGCUGAGUUAGCAGCGUGGCCCGGUGCUGGUACCACAUGACUCGUGCCACUGUCAACACCCACCACCUUCUGCCCCAUGCACAUUACGCAUCCCCAUUGUAACAAUAUUGUCAUCUUCACUAUUAGUUCAUGGUAUAGAGCCAUGGGAUGUACUCAAAGAUUUACUCCCUUUCCUUGGAAUGGCAUAUGGCACACUACCAGAACGCAUGCUGCGUCAUACAUACUGCCGCUUCACUGAAGAAUAUUCCCCCUCACUGUCACAACUCGAACUGCUUUCAGUAGCUUGGUAAUCACUAUCACUUUCACUGCUCACAUCCAAGUCCUGUACACGGGGAAAUAGUUUCCUCUUUCGUCCUGGUACAGGUGAAUGUGAAUGAGACGGCCCUGGGCACUGCUUUCGGUUGCACUUUCCUGAAAAACCAUGGAAUUCACUUUCACUGUCACUUCUAUUGGUGUUAGAACUAUCACUUGGGAACAGAAGACCUCCAAUUCGGUGAGGAGUAAGGUACUUCUUACUGCGAGGCAUCAUGAACAAGGACUACUAAAAUAGCAUUCCCACAAUGCACCACUGAGUCCCCGAUUUUUUUCAUACUGAGCACACCCAUCACGCAGACCCAUUCUCUCACAUGUAGGCCUACCAGCUUUCUCCCGCUUGAUUUGAAGCCGCUAGAAUUUACGCAUAUUAAUACAUCAAAAACAUCGGCUCAUAAGACGUAUGUAUACGACCAAAACAGUCAAAGGGUUAAAUGACAAUUUCUUUAUUUAAGUUUUGAACCAGUGAUUGCAUUAUAAGUACAGUUGCUUUCACCACUGGUGCUUUCAAAGUGAUCAUUCAAUCACUUUGCUUCUGUAGGUAUGAUUGAACCUAUGAAUGGAGGAUUCUUUUGAAGCAUGUCUUCAAUCUGCACAUUUAGGCCACUUGUACUCCACUUAAUUUCAGUGUGUUGUUGUUCCUCUUGAGACCAGAACCAUCUUCCCUAUUUAUUUUGUGCUAAGAUCUUAUGGUGCUGGGUGAUAAUUAAAACAAAAAUACAGUACAAAUAUAGCACAAUGAAGAGAUGAGCAAGUGUAGGGCAGAGCAGUAUGUUUGCCUCUUGGAACAAAAAUUUUGCAGUUUCUGCAAAACAGAGCCAAACUGCAUUGCACAGACAUGUCUGCAUGAAAAUGUACAACCUAGUUAUGGUUUGUAACAAAUUUCAUAUUUCCAUAUAAAAAAAAAUUGAAAUACUGGUGCACCUGCACAAUAUUACAUUCAUACUUUAUAUUAAAAAAAGUUUUUUCUUUGUGUAUUUACCUUUUUUGUCUUGUGGGCAUUGGCUGCUUCCCAGUGGACAGUACCUAUUUGUGGUACAGUAUGUUUGUAAGUAAAAGGGUUUACUGUACACUACUGUACUGGGAAUCAUCUACAGUCACAAGGUUCCUGCAUAGAAUUCACAGAAAUGUUGAUGUCAGUGAGGGCUCUUGAUACAAGGAAUUGGACCUGUUAUCCCUUAACUUGAAAUGAACCUGAUUGCCUCUUAUUCCACAUAUGCUACAUGUACGACCUCUAUAGGUGUAGCAUUUCCCUGUAAAUAUAAUAAUAUAUAAUUGGAGUUGAGUGCUAAUUUUAUUAUUUUGCUAUUUCAAUACAAAGGAAAAUUGCAUUCCAUUAUGUAAUUUUUUUUAUCUGAAAUUGGGGUUUGUGUAAGCCUUAGUGUAAGUGAUAGAAAUAUCAGUAGUAAGAAUGAAGCUAAGUGAUGAAUACAGUACAUUAUUAUGCUUGUCAAACAAUAUUUAUCUUUUAAAUUUAUAAGAACAUUUGUCUUCUGAUUUGAAGUUUCUGUAUGAAAUAUUAUUAAAGUGUAAUGUUACAUCUAGUCCAAUAAAGUGAUAACUAACCAGA